CUCAUUGUACCGUGAUCACACAAAAUGGCAAUCGUCACGUACUGGAUCGGAUCCAGUCUGCAUUACCAACACCAAACAUCAUGCCUCAGCAAUCGCCCUAUCAGAUUGACAUUCCGGCAACCGACAUACUGUCCUAUGUCUAUCCUGAAGGACAAGAACCGUAUGAUAAGCCCAUCUGGAUCGAUGCCGUCAACACAGAAAACUCUUUGUCACUUAAGCAAGCCCUGAUAUGGAUCAAAAGACUCGGCCUUGGUCUUGACAACCUCAAUAUAGGCCAGAAUGAGGUCGUCAUGAUGUUCUCCACCAACCAUAUUUUUUGUCCGGUCGCCUAUCUCGGCAUCGCUGGUAGCGGGAGAGUCUUCAGUGGCUGUAAUCCAGCGUAUACUGUCAAGGAAAUUGCAUUUCAGAUCACUAAUACGGGGGCCAAGCUUAUAUUAGUAGACCCCAGUCUACUUGACAACGCCCUGAAAGCUGCAGACCAAGUUGGAUUUCCGCACGACAAGAUCUUCCUCUUCUUGGACGAGCCAUGCAACACGCAAAGGGAAAUCAAAGACUGGAGCUCCUUUCUUCCCACGCAAGAGGCCGCAGAAAGCUGGCGAUGGCAUCGAAUGUCAGCUGAGGAAUCAAAGUCCAACACUGCUGUGCUCAACUAUUCGUCAGGUACUACUGGACUGCCUAAGGGCGUAAGAGUCGCUCAUCGGAACAUCAUCGCGAACGUCUGUCAAUCUCUGUAUAUGCGUGAGCUGUCACAGUCUUAUCCAUCGGGACAGAAACCACCAGAAAGGUUUCUAGGAUUUUUGCCAUUGUACCACGCCUAUGGGCAGCUAUGGUCAAUAACAGCAGCUGCAAUCACGCGGACGCCAUGCUACUACAUGAGAGUAUUCAACUUCGAGCCGUUCCUGUCUCACAUCCAGCGUCAUCGCAUCACGCAUAUACAAACUGCACCUCCAGUUCUUGUCAUGCUGGCCAAGCGACCCGAGACGAAGAAGUACGAUCUAUCAUCAUUGGUCAAUAUCCUUUGUGGUGCAGCACCUCUAAGCAAGGAGUUGCAGAACGAAGUCAGCACGAAAUUCGAUCUCAAGGUUGUUCAGACAUGGGGAAUGACUGAAGUAACCUGUUCAUGCCUACAUGUUCCAGGCGGAUUGGACGAUCGCAGUGGUAGUGUCGGACAAGUCGACCCCAAUUCGGAAAUCAAGCUUGUUGACGAUAAUGGUAAUGAAGUCACGAAGCCUGGCGAACGCGGAGAAAUCUUCGUUCGGGGUCCUAAUAUAACUCACCUGGGCUACUGGAAAAAUCCAAGCGCAACCAAGGGUUCCUUUGACAGCGAAGGCUUUUUGAAGACCGGAGAUGUUGCCAUCUACGAUGAAAAAGGCUGGUUCUGGAUCGUUGACCGAGCCAAGGAGAUCUUCAAGGUCAACGGAUUCCAGGUCGCUCCAGCGGAACUUGAAGCAGUUUUACUGGAAAACGACGAUGUUGCUGACGCUGCAGUCUGCGGUCUCAACAAAGACCACGAGGAUCUUCCCAGAGCUUACGUAGUUUUGAAGGAAUCAGCCAAGGGUAAAGUCACCGAGAAAGACGUUGUUACAUGGAUAGCUUCGAAAGUCGCUAAGCACAAGAGGCUCUCUGGCGGAGUCAAAUUCAUUGACGAGGUUCCGAAAAGCCCUAGUGGCAAGAUUCAGCGUGUUAUACUUCGCGAAUGGGCGAAGAGGGACGCGGUUCAACCUACUGAAAUCAAGGCUAGACUGUAGACGUACGAAGAUGUAAGAAUACUAUGUCAAGACGAAUUUGUAUCGAUCGGCCA